AUUUACAUUUUAACAACUAAAAAAGAUAAUGGAUUCUCUGCGUGCACUGAAUUGUUGCUCUGCAACAACAAACAAGAAUCCAUCAUCAAGUUUAAAUAACCAAAUUUCAAAAGAAUUCAGAUUCUUGAAUUGCCAUAAUAAGCAAAGAACUUAUAAAGUUGUGGGCUUUUUUAAGCCAACAUUUAUUCACCAUUUGGGUUUUCAUCAACAGCCAUUUUCUCCCAUUCUUUGUGCUCUUUCCACUCAAACCAGAGAAGGGGAGACAGGGGAAACAGAGAUGAAAUCAAAAGCAGCCCGUGGGAUGGUCCAGCUAAGUCUCCGGUUAGACCAUCAGGUUAAAUUUGGUGAGCAUGUUGGAGUCUUGGGGUCAACAAAAGAAUUUGGUUCAUGGAAAAAGAAGAAACAAUUGAACUGGACGGAGACCGGUUGGAUUUUGGACAUGGAAUGUAAAGCGGGUGAAACAAUCGAAUUUAAAUUUAUCGUUGAGCAAAUGGACAAGAGCAUGGUUUGGGAAGGUGGUGAUAAUCGAGUCUUGAAGCUCCCGCAAUCUGGGAGUUUUGAGAUCAUUUGUCAUUGGAAUAUGACUAAUGAGCCUGUAAAUCUAUUGCCUGUGGAUGGCAGAGAAUAUGAGGUUGAAGUGGAAAGUGUAGAUGAACAAAAAGACGAUAAUGGGUCUCUAGUUUCAGAGGGUGCAACGAAUACUUUUGUGGAGAAAUGGCAAGGGAAUGAAGCAUCAUUCAUGCAAUCAAAUGACCACAGCAGUAGAGAAAGACAAAGACAUUGGGAUACCUCAGGGCUUGAAGGGGUAGUUUUGAAGUUAGUUGAAGGUGACAAGAGUGCCAGGAACUGGUGGAAAAAGCUUGCAGUUAUUUGUGAUCUAGUCAGUGAAAGUAUGGAAGGUGCGGAACGUUUGGAUGCUCUGAUAUAUGCGGCCAUUUAUCUUAAGUGGAUAAAUACCGGGCAAAUUCCUUGCUUUGAGGAUGGGGGUCAUCACAGGCCGAAUCAUCAUGCUGAAAUUUCCAGGCAAAUAUUUAGGGAAUUGGAACGGAUAUCUAGCAGGAAAGAUACUUCGCCACUGGACUUGCUAGUAAUCCGCAAAAUUCAUCCAUGCUUACCAUCUUUUAAGGCAGAAUUUACUGCAUCUGUUCCUCUAACUCGAAUUAGAGACAUUGCUCACCGAAACGACAUCCCGCAUAACCUCAAGCAAGAAAUCAAACAUACAAUACAGAACAAGCUUCACAGGUGUGCUGGCCCAGAAGAUUUAAUUGCCACUGCUGCAAUGCUCGAGAGAAUCACUAAGAAUCCGGGAGAAUAUAAUGAAGCAUUCGUUGAGCAGUUCAAAAUAUUCCAUCAUGAACUCAAGGAUUUCUUUAAUGCUGCGAGCCUUACGGAACAACUUGAGUCAAUUAAAGAAUCUUUUGAUGAAAAGAGCAAAGCAAGGCUUUCAUUGUUCUUGGAGUGCAAGAAGGCUUUGGACAAUUUCCAAGGAACGCCUGAUGUUUUGAAAGGCAACGGGAUAGAACUAUUGAUCGAUACCAUUCAAUCAUUAAAUGAUCUUCGCGUGAUAGUUACAAAAGGUCUUGAAAGUGGUAUCCGCAAUGACGCUCCUGAUACUGCAAUAGCAAUGCGCCAAAAGUGGCGUCUAGCUGAAAUUGGACUUGAGGACUAUGCAUUUGUUCUCAUGAGCAGAUACCUCAACGCACUUGAUGCUGCUGGUGGAGCCCAAUGGCUUGCAGAAAAUGUGAAUUCGAAAAAUGUUAACUCAUGGAGUUACCCGAUUGGUGCUCUUGUUGUCGGCAUCCGUCAGCUAGGGUUAUCUGGGUGGAAGUUGGAAGAAUGUAAAGCAAUUGAAAAUGAACUUCUUGCUUGGAAAGAGAAAGGUCUUUUGGAAAAAGAAGGUAAUGAAGACGGGAAGACUAUAUGGGCUUUAAGGAUCAAAGCCACACUGGAUAGAUCGAAAAGGCUCAUUGAUGAAUAUUCCGAAGCACUUCUCCAAAUAUUUCCUCCAAAAGUAGAGAUGUUGGGCAAGGCUCUUGGAAUCCCUGAAAAUAGUGUUAGAACAUUCACCGAGGCAGAGAUUCGUGCUGGCAUUAUUUUUCAGGUUUCCAAGCUUUGCACAAUGCUUCUAAAGGGGGUCAGGACUACACUAGGAUCUCAAGGUUUUGAUGUUCUUGUUCCCGGGUCAGCUCAUGGAACUUUGAUACAGGUCGAAAGAAUAAUUCCGGGUAUACUCCCAUCAGCGGUUGAAGGACCUGUUAUUCUUAUGGUCAGCAAAGCCGAUGGAGACGAGGAGGUAACUGCUGCAGGAAACAACAUAGUGGGAGUCAUUUUGCUCCAGGAGUUGCCUCACUUAUCUCAUCUUGGUGUUAGGGCCCGACAAGAAAAAGUGGCUUUUGUGACAUGUGAGGAUGAUGAUAAAAUUGAAAGUAUCAAAAAGCUUGAGGGGAAAUAUGUGAGGUUAGAUGCAUCCCCAUCAGGUGUUAAUGUGAUUCUUUCUUCGUUGGAGGACGGUGUUAGGGAGCGUCCUGUGGAAACUACAUCAAAUGGCACUCCAACAGAUUCAGCUCCCAAAUCCAUCUACUCAAGCAAGGGUGUUUCUACGGGCGACAUUAUACCACUUGCCGAUGCAGAUGUACAAACUUCUGGUGCAAAGGCAGCCUCUUGUGGCAGCCUAGCUUCUCUAGCUGCAGUUUCUGCUAAAGUUUAUAGCGACCAAGGAGUUCCAGCAUCCUUUAAUGUGCCAAAUGGGGCAGUUAUUCCUUUUGGUACUAUGGAACUUGCUAUAGAAGAAAACAAGUCAACAGAAGCUUUUGAGUCAUUAUUGGAACAGAUCGAAACCGCUAAAAUGGAGGGUGGAGAUCUCGAUAAACUGUGUAAUGAACUGCAAACCUUGAUCACCUCCCUGCAACUUCCUAACCAAAUUCUUGAAAGUUUAGGGAAAUUGUUCGAGGGUAAUGCACGAUUGAUCGUCCGGUCCAGUGCUAAUGUUGAGGAUUUAGCUGGAAUGUCGGCUGCAGGGCUUUAUGACUCUAUUCCUAAUGUUACCCUUUCGAAUCCAGUCAAUUUCGGAAAAGCUGUUAGUCGAGUAUGGGCUUCCUUAUACACCCGAAGAGCGGUGUUGAGUCGUAGAGUUGCUGGUGUGCCACAGAAGGCGGCUUCCAUGGCAGUUUUAGUCCAGGAGAUGCUUUCACCGGACCUUUCGUUUGUGCUCCACACCGUCAGCCCGACAGACAACGACCAUAACUUGGUGGAAGCCGAGAUAGCACCAGGGCUCGGUGAGACACUAGCCUCCGGCACCAGAGGUACACCGUGGCGUCUUUCUUCUGGAAAACUUGAUGGUGUGGUUCGGACCCUGGCAUUUGCAAAUUUCAGUGAGGAGAUGGUGGUUGGAGGUCUGACAGAUGGAGAGGUGCUCCAUUUGACGGUUGACUAUAGCAAGAAGCCGUUGACAGUCAACCCUGUUUUCCGGCAACAGUUUGGGCAGAAGCUAGGUGCUGUGGGUUUGUUUCUUGAGCGAAAGUUUGGGUGUGCUCAAGAUGUUGAAGGAUGCAUGGUUGGUAAAGACUUGUUCAUUGUUCAGACCCGACCUCAACCGCUGUAAAGAUAUGUAAAGGUGAUCUGUAACAGUGUUAAUGAUGGUUAUGGUGUUACAAAACUACUAAUAUGAUGUAGAAUAAUAAACAUUAUGAUAUGUGUAAAGGAUAGAUCACACUUUUAUCUCAAUAAAUGGAAGCUUUGAUAA